CCUUUAGGUUUGCAAAAUUACGAUAGGUAUCAGCACUCUGCUCUGCAUUCGUUUCAUUGCGAAGAGGUUUACGAUGGAAUAAGGAAUGCCUGCAGUUAGUUUUUAUCGAUCGACGUCUUUGUUGUUAGAAUUUCUAGUACAUAUAAUACUGUUGCACUUUUAGCAAACAGAAUACAACCAGCAUGCUGAUUACUUUCCCGUUGAUGGCAGGGAUGAGAUUAUACAAUGUAAAAGCUGCAUGCGUUAAAGGAUUUGAGACGGGCUCUGGGCAGAUUAACGUGAACAAGAGCGGGCGCCACUUUGGAAUUGGGUUUGUAGGUGUCGCUGUUGUCCACAGUUAAGAUCAAAUUCAACUGCCUGGCGAUCAUGUGAUGUUCGGGGAGGUAGUGCCUCAAGGCCACUUUCAAAUACCAUUGGCUCAGUAGUCAUGUGGCUGUACAGAGGCUUCCACAAUUACACAGGGAAUGUUUUGUUAGAGAUGUCAGCUUACAAAGGACAUCCUCUGCUUUCUUCAAAUUGCUCUCCAAAAUGUCCUGUCCCAAUAGCUCUCCCGCUACCAACUCGUUUUUAGUAGAUUCCCUGAUCAGUGCUUGCAGGGGUGACAGCUUCUAUUCAAACAGCUCCCUGUACACGCCGUCGAGUAUGGACAUGGGAACUUACGGAAUGCAGACCUGUGGACUGUUCCCGACCAUGACUAAACGAGGAGAGAUCACCCAUCAAAAUAUGAGCAUGAGCGUUCAUCCGUAUUUAUCUCAGGUAGAUGGUUGGUCUGACCAUUCCAGACCAUGUCGAAUUGAGCAACCUGUUACUCCACAGAUGCCCACGUGUUCUUUUCCUACUAGCAUAAAGGAAGAAAGCACUUGCUGCAUGUAUAAUUCUGAUAAGCGGGUCAAAGUAAACCCCACCACAAUUCCCACCUAUUCCAGGCUGGUAUCCGAAGGCUGUUCUAUUGAGAACCCUGAGAUUCCCAUCCCGGGAUAUUUCAGACUCUGCCAGGCUUACCCACUAGAGAAAGGUCUGGACUAUAAUCACAGCGGAGAGCUCAGUUCCAAUGUAAUGCCGCAUUCAAACCCUGGGUUUAUCAGUAAACUCCAGGUGUCCGACCCAUCUCCAGCGGAAACGAAAGUAAACGCGAAACCAAACGCCCAGGAAUCCAUAAAGGGGAUAUAUGUGGAAAGUCCAGAGCCAAAGCCGAGUUUACUGGAGGCCAGUGCAACCGCCAAAGACGGCGCGUCUGGCUCGGAACUGACGGACAAAGAGGCGGAAGAAGAGACCAAAACUCCGAUAAGCAACUGGCUAACAGCACAUAGUGGAAGGAAAAAGAGAUGCCCUUAUACAAAACAUCAAACUCUGGAAUUAGAGAAAGAAUUUUUAUUUAAUAUGUAUCUGACUCGUGAGCGCCGUCUAGAGAUAAGUAAGGGCGUGAAUCUGACCGACAGACAAGUGAAGAUCUGGUUUCAAAAUCGCAGAAUGAAGCUGAAGAAAAUGAGCAGAGAAAACCGAAUUCGAGGACUGACUACUAACAUGCCCUUCUCGUGAGCGUGAAAUACGGAUUCGAUAAUGUAGUGUCUUACUGGGGAUUGUGGAAUAGGGUUUGUGUAUCCUCUCUGGGAUAUUAUGGUUAAUUCCGAUUUCAGUGUUUUAGCGUUAAGGUUGUCUGAAAGUACAAUAGCACGUUUACCUUAGCAAGAAUAUUUCCAUUUAAGAAUGUUCUAUUGAAUAUAAGGCCAAUCAUUUUACUUUGCUUAGCAGGACAAGUUUAAGUUGUUAACACGAAACGGUUUUCGUGCAAUUUGAGUAACGGUUACCGUUUUUCACAACAUUAUUUGAAUCACAGUGACACUUAAACCAUGGUCCCAUAAAUACAAUAUUUAGGUCUGUAGACGAAAUUAUUUUGGCCAUUUUCUAAAGAGUGCGGUGGAGUGGUAAUGCACAUUUCUUUUAUUUAUAUGCAUGACUGUUGCACGAUUUAUAAAUUUAGGACAUAUAUAUAUAUAUAUUUAGGAUAUAUUUAGGGCAUAUAUAUAUCCUGAAUUAUAUUUCAACAUCUUCAACUCUUUUACAAGAAGGGUAGUCUUCACUAAUAUCCACCAAGUUACUCGGGGGCAAAAUGUGAUCAAAAUGUUUUAACUACGACAAAUACUGAUCUAGUUGAAUAAAUUAAAUGUAAUCAUGCGAUUCUGAAAUAAAUUCUCUCUAAUUACCUAAAAUAUCAUAAAGGAAUGCGCAUUUGUGAGUAUCAAGUGGCCAACAUUAUAUCCAAGGGUAGUUUCCUCUAUUUAAAUUAAAGGAAAGAGCAGAAUUAUCCCGAAGAGUGAACGUGGUUUGAUUACGGGCGCAUAAUUUGUCAAUUUGCGGAUUAAUUCAUUCAAAUAUUGUUUUUACUUUUCUCCCGAGGCAUAAAUGAAUUUGAAUAAAUAAGGAAUUCAUAAUAUUUAUUGGUAUAAAUCAUCUCCCAGAAUAGAAAUUGGUAAAUAUCAAUGUUUGUGUUAUGCAGUACAAAAAAGCCAUUUGUCACAGAAAUAUGUACAUAUUGUAAUAAUAAUCUGUUUUAUUAACGAAGAAAAAGUUCACGGUUAAGCAUUGUUUAUUUGAGUUUAACCACGGUAUGAAAACCAUAUUUCAAUAAGUCCUUGGAUAACCAAGACGAGAUAUUCCGACGGUUUCAAUGUAAAUGACAAUUCCGCUGCUCACGUGCUAAUAUCCCGUCAGAAAUAAAGUGAGUAUAUUUGGUGGCA